AUGGCUAACUUCAUAGACCUAAACACUCUCACAAACACCUUACCGGCGGUUCCGAAACUACCCGGGAGUCGAAAAACCGAAAAAUCAAGCUCCUUUGCUCUCAAGAAAACCGGAGAAUUUCAAGAACCGGAUUCGGUACAGAUCACAAGACGGAUGACAUUGGGAUUUACCGUUUCGGUAGGUCUAACCGGUGUUUUCGGCGAAAACAAUGUUUCUUUGGCACAAGACAAUAAUGGCUUUUGGAUCGAUGGUCCUCUUCCAAUUCCCCCUAUCUACAACAAAAUCACAAACGAGCAGACAGGAACAAGAACGUUCUUGAAGAAAGGAGUGUAUAUAGCUGAUAUUGGACCGAAAGGGAGAAUGUACAGAGUUAAAAAGAAUGCUUUUGAUUUGUUAGCAAUGGAGGAUUUGAUCGGACCAGACACUUUAAACUAUGUUAAAAAGUACUUGAGGCUUAAAUCCACGAUCUUGUUCUUCGAUUUCGACAAUCUCAUCUCUGUUGCUCCCACUGAAGACAAAAAAUCUCUCACUGAUUUAGCAAACAGAUUGUUCGACAACUUUGAAAAGCUUGAAGAUGCAGCAAAGACGAAGAACUUAGGAGAGACUGAGUCGUGUUAUAAAGAUACGAAGUUUCUUCUCCAAGAGGUUAUGACUAGAAUGGCAUGA